AUGAUUCAUGGUCCAUGUGGUACUGACCACCGCACCGACUUCCUGUGCUGGGACUCUGCAAAGGGGCACUGCAACAAGUUCUACCCCAAGCCUGCCUGCCAAACCACCCACGUGGACGAGAGGGGGUUCGUCCAAUACAAACGAGACUACACAAACGAAGGCUUUAUCACAUCACGGAGGAGACAGAUCAAAGUGCAUGAUGGCUGGGUCGUUCCGUACAAUUCCGCAUUACUGCUCAAAUACGAGGCGCACAUAAACUUGGAGCUUGCUUCUACUCGUCGCGUAAUCAAGUACCUCUUUAAGUACCUCAUGAAAGGCGGUUCUCUCCAGAACGUAACCGUCACUCCCCUGGGGAAACAAGAGGAUGAGGUCGAGCAUUACGUGACGAAGAGAAUGGUGGGUGCCAGCGACGCAUGCUGGCGUCUUCUCGACUUUCCUGUGUCAAAGCUCGAGCCCACCGUUGAGUGUCUUCCCGUGCAUUUAGAGGGCAAACAAAGUGUUGUCUUUCGGCCGAGACAGCUCUCUGAUGCAGUCACUCAAGCAAGCUCCAAGCUUAUGGUCUACUUCAAUCGCCCGCACCAUGAAACUUUUGACAAUGUCACGUACCAGACAUUUUACGAGAAGUUCAUGGUGCACACUAAGCGCCCACGUACUGCGGAAUUGUACGAACACCCCGAUGGCCAUCACUUUGUAACGGACUCGCCAGCGUGGUGA